CGGCAGCGGGGAGGCUUCGGGGAGCGGGGAGCGGGCAGCCGGCCCUCCCGCCCCGUGGCCGCGGCGGGGGCGGGCGCGGCGGCGCCGGGGAGGAGGCGGCGCCUUAUAGGGCGGUGGCGGCGGGCAGGGCCGGCAGAGCCGAGCCGAGCCGGGCCGGGCCGCCCCGUACCCUGGACAGCGCCUGCCGCCGCCGCCGCCAUGGAGCACCUGAAAGCUUUUGACCGGGAAGUAAAUGCAUUUGUGGACUAUAUGUUUGGACCUCGAGAUGCCAGGGUCAGAGGAUGGUUCCUUUUGGACUCUUACCUUCCCACAUUUUUCCUUACUGGAGCAUACCUACUCUGCAUAUGGCUGGGCAACAAGUUCAUGAAGGACAGGCCUCCUUUCUCGCUCAGGGCUCACCUCAUUGUAUAUAACCUUGGGAUUACACUGCUCUCCUUGUACAUGCUUAUAGAGCUCAUCCUUGCCACAUGGGAAGGAGGCUACAACUUGCAGUGCCAGAACCUCCACAGCGCCGGGGAGGCUGACAUCCGGGUAGCCAAGGUGCUGUGGUGGUAUUAUUUUUCCAAAGUAAUUGAAUUCACGGACACUAUCUUCUUUGUACUGAGAAAGAAAAGCAGCCAGAUCACCUUCCUUCACGUGUAUCACCAUGCCACUAUGUUUAACAUUUGGUGGUGUGUUCUGAACUGGAUACCUUGUGGGCAAAGUUUCUUUGGACCCACUUUGAAUAGCUUUAUCCAUGUGCUUAUGUAUUCUUAUUAUGGACUGUCAGUCAUCCCUUCUAUGCGCAAGUAUCUCUGGUGGAAGAAAUACCUCACUCAGGCACAAUUGAUUCAGUUUCUGCUCACUAUUGUGCAUACACUUAGUGCAGCUGUGAAGCCGUGUGGAUUCCCAUUUGGCUGCCUCAUGUUCCAGUCCUCCUACAUGGCCACACUGGUCAUUCUCUUCAUAAACUUCUACAUUAAGACAUACCGGAAAACACCUUCAAGAACAGCUAUAAAGGAAACCCCUAUCACAAUGGAAAUCAAGAACGGUUUCCAUAAGGACUACUUUGCUGCUGCCAAUGGAUUCCUGAACAAUAAGAAAGCACAAUAAGUAUAGUAUUUCCUAUGAUUUUUUUUCUAAAAAAAAAAAGAAGAAAAAAAGACGGAAUUACAAGCUUUAGCUUAAAAUCUGUUUGAUUACAUUUAUCAGUUCUUUGUACCAGACACUUAUUAAUGUACUGCUAUUUAGGUUUUAACCAAACGAGUAGAAUUACUUGUCCUGUCGAAGAUCACCAUCGGAACAAAGGCGGCCAAGAUCUUUCUCAUAUGAAAAAGCAAACCUUUCUGAUCUCUAAUGCUGACGACAUAAAAACGCCUUAUAAAACACUUGAUGGAUAAACCCAUCAAUGCCUUCAACAGGUUAGGACUCUGUUCAGACUAACACAGUGAGCACGUUCUGUGUGUGCAAGAGGUCUUGAGGCAAGGCUUCACAGUGCACCCAACACUUUCAGCUAAACUGUGGCCAAGGUCGGGAAAAGGAAGGGGGGGCGGGGGGGGGGGGAAUUGAGAAUCAUACCUUUUCCAACACCAUACCCCUCUGCUUCUUCCUAGCCGUUCCCCAAAGCACGCUCCCUCCCAUAGACACCAGUGGUAUGUAGAAUACAUGGUAUUACAUGAUGAUACGGGGUUUUGAGCUCUAGUCAGAGCAAAACAAGUCACUUUGGAUGUGCUAAAUUAAUAGGAGUUCUGAGUAAAUAGAUUUUGAAAGAAAUAAGAGCUCAACAACUUAAUGAAGAUAUAUCCUUUGAGUGUAAAUGUGCACAAAGUUAAUCCUAUACAACCACUGCUAAUUUGAAGCAAACUGACAUGCCACAUACUAACAGACUGGAAGACAUAGAAAGUCUUAAAAGUGAAUUCAGCUAUGAGCAAAGCACGUUAUAUAGGAAUUUCUGUGCUAGGUGAGCCUUAUUCAGACUGGUCUCUGACUGGAGAAACAGAUGGGACUGAGGCACAAUCCUCUGUAGGGAAAGCAAGGAGAUAUUUGCUGUCUGCAGCUGUAAUGGUGUGUGUCUCACAAUAGCCAGUCACGAUCUUCUCUGCUUCAGUUAGCUGCAUUUACCUCCCAUUUAAAUGGUUAGAAAGGAAGAAUACCCAAGGUUAGCUUUGGGGAUCUGCCCUCGCCCUUUUCUCAUUUAGCCCCUUUCAAAAUCUCUACUAAAAAGUGGACACAGACUUUUUUCUCUCCCUUUUUCACAAUUAAAUGGUUCUGGUCUCUUCCAGUCCAGCGUGUACAAAUUCUCUCAAUAAAACCACCUUUUGGAGUUGCCCCAGCCCAGCCAGCGCAGAGGGACCAAAGCAGCCACGGAGGGCCCACAUGGAGAGGAGGCUGUCCCAAAUCCUGCUCCUCCAACUGUUCUCCAUCUCCCCUCUAGAUGAUCUGUCGUCAGGAUGUCUCGGAGGCUGCAGGUGGAAAGGCAGAAAGGUUUGUCCCAGAGAGCGGUGGGGGUGCAGGGCAGCCAGCCUCACCAGGAGCAGCCGGAGAGACCGCAGCCACGAGGGCUCGUGGAUAAGAAGGAAAGGGGCUGAGGAAGUGGUACAGUACAGGGGAAGAACAGACGGGUUUGUCCAGCAAAAGCAAGAGGAAAAAAUGGCAUGGAGAAGGGUGUCUCGAGUCAGAGUUCAGUCUGAAUUUGUGCUUGAAAGUCCCAUUGGAUCCCAUCUGUCUCCAGCCAGUUCCAGCUCUGUUACAAUGUGGACAAAACCUUUCUGCUCCAGCAGAAAACUGAAAUCCCCAAAAUGCUGCAGCACAAACAGUACUUUUGAGCGGCCUGGCUGCUAAACUGCAUCACCGUGAACUGGGCAACCAAAAUAACUGCAAUAUUCAAACACUUUUACAUCACCACCACAGACAGGCAUCUAACUGGUGUGUAUUCACAUUUGCUCCCUCUUCAUGAAGGUGGCCACAGGGAAAGGCAGUGUUUUGCUCUAUUUAACAUUCAAUAAGGAGGGAAGGCAGCAACCAAAAAAACCCAAACCCAAACCACCCUCAGUUACAAAGCCUGGAUGCUCUGUGCAUAUAUUAGUUCUCAGUGGCCCUUCCAGAACCUUUGCUUUGCAGAUCUUUCUGGUUGAUACUGUAAAACUCACAAGUUAUAAGAAAUUAGUGGGUUUGACUGAAGGUGGUGUACAUGGUCCUAAGGAAGAGCUUCAGAGCUCUGCAGACAUCAGAUUGAUACUGGAAACCAGGGUAAAGGCAGAGGGAAUCGGAAGAGCUGACAAGAUAUCACACAAGACAACUAGCUGAACCAUGCAUCUGAGGCAGGCAACAAAAUGGUUGCAUGGCCCAGUGUGGAUUUUAGGCCGAGUGGAGUCCAUAACCUUUUGAUGGCAAAGCAUGCAUUUGACUAUCAAGGUGGACAGCGUCAGCGUGCUAAAUGUUAAAGUUUACUACAGCAACCAAACCCACGGAUACUGUCUUUUGUUUUGUUGAAACCUCAUUCAAAAGAAAAAGAAAAAAAAAGAAAUAAAUAAAUGCCUUACUUGAAACUCAAAGGGCUGGGGAAAAAAAAAAAAAAAGAAGAAAAAAAAAAGGAAAAAAACAAGACAGUCUCACCUUGCAGAUCCAACCAGGAAGCCUGGAAUCAGGUAUGUUUAAAAGUCUUCAGAUCUGUCUUAACAUCUUCAAAAUGCUGCAACUUUGAAGAAAGAGAAGCAUUGACUUUUUAAACUGAUUUUCCUGUAAUACAUAACACUGUAAAUAAACAAAUUUUACUAUCA